AUAUGACAAUUUAUCAGUUGAUAAAGUUUUGAUAAUAUGUGAAUGAUAAUUACAAAUUAUUCUCAAUUUUGCAUUUUGAUUAAAUUUACUGUCCUUUGGAAUACGUUUUAAUACUAAUUUUACUCUAAACUUGUAACUGUCUGCCACCAGAAGAAGCUAUGCAGCUGUUGCUUAAAGCUGGAUUAUUAUUUAUUGUCCUGCAGGUUGUAUUACAAAUCGUUCAUGGUCAAGUACUGAACCUUGAUGACAACAGAACUAUAAAAGAAGAGUUGCCAUCUUCUCUUGUCCGUACUAAUGCACCAGGCUUUACAAAAGAGCACUGGGGCAAUGUUCAAACAGAUUCUGGUCCCGGAGUAGAGAGACAAAACGACCUGCAAAUGUCAAAAAUUGCUAACACCGCAGGUGGUAAAGAAAAUCCAGCGACUAUGGCAGUUGAAGAAAGUGUCAGUGAGAUAUUAUACACCAAGUCCAGUUCCGAAAUCAAAGCAACCAAAGCGUCAGUAUCCGAACUGAAAACAGAUCAUGUUGACUCGGACCAAGUUACUGGCAAACCCAAGCAUUCCGCUGAACACGCCAGUGAUGUCAGUGUAGAUCCAUCUAUGGCGUAUACCGCUACAACCGUCGACACCGAUAUUGAAAAGGUCACAGAGAAAUCAACAGAGCAUAAAACUAAAAAUUUCGUUUUCCCAGAUCCUAUCGGAGACUAUUCCAACACCAUUAUGCUGGAGGGACAUGUGUUCGGCAUACGUGAUCAACUCGUGUCUAUGAUACAUGAUGCUUUGUCGUCUGGUGAUAUUUUUGUUCCGGUUGACCCGCUAAGAGUUGAUCCUUUGGCAAACUCGUACGAAGAAAUGGGUUACGAAGGGGACAAAGUAACGCAUAUAAGGUAUAUUGUUAGCUACAAUGGGAAACCGAUUCACACUACGGUCAUAACAAGGCUUAUGAGUUCGCCCAAAGUGCACCAUCACUUUCAAAAACAACUGGAAGGGAAAAACUUCCGACAAUACAAGGAAGCAAAGCCUAUCCAAAACAAGAGUUGGAUUCAUCAGCAUGUUGCUGCUGUUGUGAUACCAUCCUGUGUUGCUUUUGUUCUGAUCAUUCUCGUUAUCUUUGUAGUUGUUGCAAGGAAAAGAUCUUCAUCUGCAACAAAAUUAGAAAAGAAAAGGCCUUUUACGUCUGGUGCAAAGUCGGAAAAGAAGUGUCCACCCCCACCUUACAGUGUUGAAAACCCUACAUACGACUUUGAAACAAAUGCUGUAAUGGAUGGUUAUACUUUGCCAUAAACGAUUUCAUUGGCUAAUAUGAUUUAAUAAGAGACUUUGUAAUUGGUUGCUGCAUAUAUUUCUCUGAACUUUGUGAUUGGCUAGUAUUAUUUUCUGUUAGAAAGAUAAAAAAGCAUAUAUUUUGUUACUACUGGAAAAAAGUACAUUAUGGUAUUUUGAGGAGUAUUUGUGAACUAGUCAAAGGAUUUGUGAAGAGAAUUAUAAAAUGAAUAAUAAAAAAAAUAUUAAAGAUAAAAAUAAAAAUA